AUGUCGGCCAAACUCGCCUUGACAGAUACACUCCCCCUCCCUCAAACCGACGUGCGCAUCCCUCAUCUCGGACUGGGCGUCUAUCGCAUCCAUGGCUCUCAAUGCACUCAAGCGACUCUUGCAGCACUACAAGUCGGUUACCGGCAUAUCGACACAGCACAGUUCUACGGAAAUGAAAAAGAAGUAGGCGAGGCAUUGCGACAAACGAGUCUCCCCCGGGAUCAGGUCUUUGUAACGACCAAGAUAAUGACGCCCGCUGGCUCGCCGCAGGCAACGUAUAAUAAAAUCGUGGAUAGUGUGGAUAAGAUUGUCGGAACGGAUGGAUAUGUUGAUCUUUUCUUGAUUCAUAGCUCUCGAUCUGGACCGGCGGGGAGGAAGGAAUUGUGGCAGGCUUUGGAAAGGUUGCUUGAAGAGGGUCGCACGAGGAGUAUUGGCGUGAGCAAUUACGGUGUUGCGCAUAUCGAGGAGAUGAAGGCUUAUGCCAAAGUUUGGCCGCCUCAUGUUAAUCAGAUUGAGCUCCAUCCAUGGUGCCAGCAGCGUCAAACUGUCCGGUACUGCAACAACCACGGAAUUGUCAUUGAGGCCUAUUGUCCACUUGUUCGCAACAACAAGGACAAUGACCCUACUCUGGUGGCACUAGCCAGGAAAUAUGGAAAGAGUGUUUCCCAAGUCUUGAUUCGAUACAGUUUACAGAAGAACUGGGUACCUUUGCCAAAGAGCUCGAAUCCCGAACGGAUUGCUAGUAAUGCCGACGUGUAUGACUUCGAAAUUAGUCAAGACGACAUGGGUGUUUUGGAUUAUCUAGAUCAAGGUGCUGCUGGAGCUAUAGUCGAAUCGGUGGACGAGGAUUAG